UUUCAUUAUCUUUCUCUCCUCGCGUUCACGUGGAUAAUUUUAGUGCACUGUAUUUUAACUUUAAUUGAAUUGUUUGAUCUCCGUGUUAAUUUAUUCAGCGUCAUGGCUCAGAUGAAUUUGCCACAACUACAGAAUCUCAUUAAAAGAGAUCCAGAAUCCUACAAAGAUGAGUUUCUACUUCAACGGAGGCAUUUUCAGUCUCUACUCUCUGUGUUUCUCCUUCGCCCAAGCCAAUAUAACAAAGGCCUGGAUGAGCUGGUUAUGUUUAUGGCACAAGUAGCACAUUGUUACAAAGGUGAACUUUCAACAUUUGCUCAAGAAAUCAUUGAUGUUCUGCAAAACCACAACACGGUGCUAGAUCCCAAUAUUCGAAUGACUUUUUGCAGAGCCUUGAUCUUGCUUCGAAACAAAGGACUACUUACGCCAACUGAUCUGUUAUCCCUCUUUUUUAGUCUUCUGAGGUGUCAGGAUAAAUCUUUGCGUAAAUUUCUUCAAAAUCAUAUCAUCAAUGAUAUUAAAAACAUCAAUUCUAAGCACAAAGACAUGAAACUGAACUCAACACUGCAGACAUUCAUGUACAGUAUGUUAAAUGAUCAUGCAAAAGCUGCCAAAAUGUCUGUCAACAUCAUGAUUGAGUUAUACAAAAAGAGAAUUUGGAAUGAUGCUAAAACAGUAAACGUUCUUGCCACCGCCUGCUUUUCAAAAGUUACUAAGGUUAUGGUUGCUGCUUUAAAAUUUUUCCAGAGCUCUGAUGAUCCAGAACCUACAAAAGACAGUGAUGACUCAGACGAUGAAAUAAAUCCCCAAGCCAAGGCUUUAGCAAAUAAAUUCAACAAGAAAACUAGGAAGAGAAAAAACAUGUUGGAAAAGACAAAGAAAGCAGCAGCGAAAGAAAAGAAGAAAAAAGGAGAUGCCCCUUCUUUUAAUUUUUCAGCUUUAAAUCUAAUCCAUGAUCCACAGAGCUUUUCUGAAAAGUUGUUUGCUCAGCUGGAAAAGCGGCAUGAAAGAUUUGAAGUUCGCUUAAUGACGAUUGAUGUUAUUUCAAGGCUCAUCGGUUUGCAUCAAUUGUUUCUGUUCAAUUUUUACCCUUAUAUACAAAGGUUUCUUCAACCUCAUCAGAAAGAGGUGACCAAACUACUCCAGUAUGUUGCUCAGUCUGCUCAUGAAUUGGUACCACCAGACGUUCUAGAACCUGUUUUGAAGACCAUGGUCAAUAACUUUGUCACGGAAAGAAAUUCAACUGAUGCCAUGGCCAUUGGGUUGAAUGCCAUUCGGGAGUUAUGUGCGCGAUGUCCGCUUGUCAUGAAUGAGGAUUUGCUGAAAGAUUUAAUCGGCUACAGUCGAUACAGAGAUAAAAGUGUUAUGAUGGCUGCGCGUGCAUUGCUUCAUCUAUACCGAGCGUCACUUCCAACUAUGUUGGCUAAGAAAGAUCGGGGUCGGCCAACUCAAGCAUCUAUAGAAAUCAAAGCUAAGAAGUAUGGAGAAAUUGAAGCGGUUGACUAUGUAGCAGGUGCAGAAGUCCUUCUUGAGGAGCAGAAGAAAGAGUUGGAAAAAGAGAAAGAGAAAGAGGAUGCAGGAUCUGACUCUGACUCUGACUGGGUGGAUGUCUCUGAUUCAGCCUCUGAAGGUGCCGCAUCGGACAUUGAAGAGGAAGAAGAAGAAGAAGAUGAAGAGGGAGGAGAUGAAAGUGAAGAAGAGCAGGAAGAAGACGAUGAGAACAAAGAGAAGGAGACUGCCUCAGGAUCAAAGUUGGAUGCCCAACCUGGGAAGCCUGCCACUCCAGCUAAAGAAAAAGUUGUCAAGUUAUCUAAAGAGCAGGUUGCAGAAGAAAAAAGACGGGAAGCAGCCUUGAUUAGCUCAACUCGUAUUUUAACAGAUGAAGACUUUGCCGCAAUUGAUGCAGCUCAAGCAAGAAAGCACGCAGAAGCUGCCAAAAACUUAAAGAGGAAAGCUGAAGCCCUUUAUGACUCCGCUGAGCGUGUGAAACUAGAAGAUAUAGAAAAUAUUUACAAGAAGAAACGACAUGACAAAGAAGCUAGAAUGGAAACAGUUCUGAAAGGAAGAGAAGGUAGAGAAAAAUUCGGAUGGAAAGACAAUCGGAAGAAUCCAUUUUCAAGUAAAACGAAUCGUGAGAAAAAGAAGAAUAAGAACUUUAUGAUGUUGAAGCACAAAGUAGGCCAAAAGAUAAAAAGGUCAUUCAAAGACAAGCAGAUUGCUUUGAGGGAUCAUUUGAUCAAACUGAAAAAAAUGAAAUAGAAGUCAUACUGCGUGUUUUGUUAGUGCUUGAUCACUCGGACUUUUUGUUCACCAUGUAUUCCUUUGUUCUUACAGUUCAUUUGCCAGUAGCCAGAAUUUUAUUUAUUUAUUUUUUUUAUUUUGGAAUUCCAGAGUUUUAAAAUGCA